AUGCAGCCGGAAGAAGGAGUUCAAGAAGAGGAAUUCACUCGACGCGACCGCCUCAGCAAGGAUAUUGCCAGAGAUCUGCUGAGGAAAUUUCACAUUGUUUGCCAAGUUCCAGAAAUAGAAGGUCUUCCAAUACCUCGCAGCCUUCAGCUUCUCAUUGCAGUACGCUAUAUGGCAACAGGAAGUUUCCAGCUGUCAGUAGCGGAUUGCACUGACGUGGCUCAACCAAGUGUGUGCAAAUACCUGCGAAUUGUAGCGAAAGCCAUUGCAGACCUUGCACCAGAGUUCAUCUCCUUCCCAGCACCUGAGCAAGAACAAGGUACCAUGAAUGAAUUCUUCAACAUCGCGAGAAUGCCUGGUGUUAUCGGAGGCACAGAUGGCUGCCGUGUACCAAUCCCGAACCCAGGAGGACAACACCCAGAGCUAUACCGUCGCAGAAAAGGGUGGAUGUCUGUUAAUUUGAUGGCUGCGUGCGAUGCCUCCCUCAAGUUUACAGAUCUGGUGGUUGGCUGGCCGGGUAGGGCACGCGACUCCCGGGUUUUUACGUCAUCCGCGCUUUGUGACCGACUGGGGUCCGGGGUCCAUCGAGGCUUUCUCCUGGGGGAUAGUGGGUCUGCACGCAGGUCCUAUCUGCUCACUCCAUCCCUGACCCAACUCGGAAAAGGAAAGGAGGCUCAAUGCAUCCCAUAG